GGGUAUGGUCCAAUAAAAGGACAAGACAAGGGAGGUAAAGGAUGAAAGAAGUUCAAACAGAUAUCCAGAACCACAAACUCGGAUUCUGGGAGAGAUAAAAUUGCAAAAUAUCCAUGGCCCAGUGACUUUGAAAUCAAGCAAUCAAAAGAUCUCAAACCAAUCAAAUGAAAGCAGAGCAAGCACAGGCAGCACUUCCAAUUAAUCUAUUGUUUCAGCACAACCUAAUGAUCUAUAUGAUAUAUUGAUCAAACAUCAUUCUGAACAUUCAGUUCAAGAGCUAGCUAGAGCCUAGAUUAGCUGAUUAAAUUUCUUGGUUUGGUUUUGGGAGCAUAUAUAUAUAACUUCAUAAAUGGCUGCUGCUUCUCUUACUUCGAUCAGCCUACACUCAUCUGCAUCUUCAGCAUUGGGGUUGGCUUCAAAGCAGUGCCAACAUAAUAAUCACACUUGCUGCUGGCUUACGGAGAGAUCAGUAAGAUCCUCCUCCACAACCACAAGGCAACGGUUGUCAUCAAGGGGCCUCAAAAUCCGCAGUGCAGCAACAAAACAAGUCAAAUCGCCAGCUGAAGAGGAGUGGAAGACUAAGAGGGAAGUUCUGCUGCAGAACAAGGUAAGGAGUGUGGAUGUAAAAGAAGCUCUGCGACUUCAAAAAGAAAACAAAUUCGUGAUUCUCGAUGUCCGGCCUGAAGCAGAAUUUAAAGAGGCUCAUCCCCCGGGUGCUAUUAACGUGCAAAUAUACAGGCUUAUAAAGGAGUGGACAGCAUGGGACAUUGCCAGGCGUGCUGCAUUUGCAUUCUUUGGCAUCUUUGCUGGCACAGAAGAGAACCCUGAGUUCAUACAAAGUGUGGAAUCACAACUUGAUAAGAAGGCAAAGAUCAUAGUGGCUUGCGCCGCCGGGGGCACGAUGAGACCAACCCAAAAUCUCCCAGAAGGUCAACAGUCAAGAUCACUGAUAGCAGCCUACUUGCUUGUCCUCAACGGUUAUACCAAUGUGUUCCACUUAGAAGGAGGGCUUUACGCCUGGUUCAAAGAGGGCCUGCCAGCAGUUUCGGAAGAAGAAGAAGAAGAGUGAAGUGCUGGUUUGGAAGGAAGACCAUGCUUCAAAGGUGGCCUUUGUUUUGUCCAUAGAUGAGUGAGUGCGUGCUGAUGAUUUCUUUGCAUAACUAACAGCACUUGUGAAUUCUGAUGCAAAUCUCUUAAUUGAAAAGGUUUCCAUGUGGAAUUUUGAAUGUUCAUGUAAUGAAAAUAUCAGCAAUAACUUAGAGCAUCUCCAGCAGAGUUGCUAUACUCUAA